AUGGGUGAGAUCAACAAGGAAGAUGUUGAAAAAUAUUUGGACAACAACCCGCAAUUUGCCAAGGAGUUUUACGAUAAAAGACUUCGCCCGGAAGCAUUAACGAACCUCUUCAGAGUCAACACCGAGAAUUUGAAGGAAGGAAUCUCCUUCCAGGAGAUGACCAAGGUAGAAGAAUGUGAGAUACUUUUGGAGUUGCUAUCCGAAAUCCAGGACGACGAAGCUGCCAUGGAAAAGAUCUCACAUAAAGUCCUGCAGAGGUUGGCACAGUUAAUAGCAGCCGACAGGUGUAGCAUGUUUAUCUGCCGUUCCCGUAAUGGGACCCCAGAGUUAGGGAGCAGGCUCUUCGAUGUCACCCCUACUUCCAGUUAUGAAGACAAUUUGGUGCACCCGGAUAAAGAGAUCGUUUUUCCUCUGGACAUCGGGAUAGUAGGCUGGACUGCUCAUACCAAGAAAUCAUUUAAUGUUCCAGAUGUAAAGAAGAAUAACCACUUCUCCGACUUUGUGGAUAAGCAAACUGGUUAUACGACCAACAAUAUGCUCACCAUUCCCAUUUUGCAAAACAAGGAAGUUCUCGCCGUUUUCAUGGCACUUAAUAAACAAAAUGCCUCUGAGUUCACUAAAGAGGACGAAGAUAUCUUUAAUAAAUACAUUCGGUUUCUUUCACUUGCUGUGAAACAUUGCCAUGUUACGUACCUGUAUAACAUUGAACUUAGAAAGAGCCAGAUACUUUUAUGGUCAGCCAACAAAGUAUUUGAAGAACUUACAGAUAUCGAACGACAGUUUCACAAAGCCAUGUACACUGUUCGACAACAUUUAAACUGCGAAAGAUAUUCCAUUGGUCUGCUAGAUAUGACCAAAGAGAAGGAAUUUUACGAUGAAUGGCCAAUUAAAUUGGGAGAAGUAGAACCUUACAAAGGACCAAAGACCCCUGAUGGUCGGGAAGUUAACUUCUACAAGAUUAUUGAUUAUAUUCUACAUGGAGAAGAACAAAUCCAAGUCAUUCCGUCACCUCCCGCAGAUCACUGGUGUCUUGUCACUGGCUUGCCAACUUACGUUGCUGUGAAUGGAAUGAUUUGCAAUAUGAUGAAUCCAGCAGCAGAUGAUUACUUCGCUUUUCAGAGAGAACCUUUGGAUGACUCAGGCUGGACCGUCAAAAAUGUCUUAUCUUUACCUAUCGUAAACAAAAAAGAAGAGAUUGUAGGCGUAGCUACCUUUUACAACAGGAAAGAUGGCAAACCCUUUGAUGAAUAUGAUGAACAGAUAACUGAAAUGCUUACACAGUUCCUCGGAUGGUCUGUUUUAAAUCCUGACACAUAUGAGAAAUUGAAUAAGAUGGAAAAUCGGAAAGAUAUUGCUCAGGAAAUGCUUAUGUAUCAGACAAAAGCGACACCUUCAGAGGUUAAAAGUAUACUGAAAUGCCAAGAAAAAUUGAAUCAAGAAAAUUUUGAAGACUGCGAUCAGAAAGAGCUUGUUAAAAUUCUGGCAGAAGAAUUGCCCGAGCCAGGCAGCGUUGAACUCUUCGAAUUUCGUUUCAGCGACUUCCCCGUUACAGAUCAUGAGUUAAUCAAGUGUGGCAUCCAGAUGUUCUUCCAGUUAAAAGCUGUAGAGAAGUUCAAAGUACCAGCAGAGGUACUCACGCGAUGGAUGUACACAAUCAGGAAAGGAUAUCGUGACAUCACUUACCACAACUGGCGGCAUGGAUUUAAUGUCGGACAGACCAUGUUCGCCCUUUUAAUGACUGGUAAGUUAAAGAAAUAUUACACUGACCUAGAAGCCUUUGCUAUGGUAUCUGCAGCAUUCUGCCAUGAUAUUGAUCACAGAGGAACCAACAACUUAUACCAAAUGAAGACAGCAGCUCCAUUGGCAAGACUCCAUGGCUCUUCCAUUUUAGAAAGGCACCAUCUAGAGUACAGUAAAACCCUGCUCCAAGAUGAGACUUUAAACAUCUUCCAAAAUCUAAAUAAACGCCAGCAUGAAAACGUUCUACAUAUAUUUGAAAUUUGCAUUAUAGCAACUGACCUGGCUCUGUAUUUCAAGAAAAGGACUAUGUUUCAAAAAAUUGUGGAUGCCACUGAAAAAAUGGAAGAUGAGAAUGAAGCAAUUAAAUACGUAACUAUGGACCCUACCAAAAAAGAAAUAAUCAUGGCUAUGAUGAUGACCGGUUGUGACCUUUCUGCCAUCACUAAACCUUGGGAGGUGCAAAGUAAGGUUGCUUUGAUGGUUGCGAGUGAAUUUUGGGAGCAAGGUGAUCUUGAACGAACUGUCUUACAGCAAAAUCCAAUUCCUUUGAUGGACAGAGCCAAGAGGGAUGAAUUACCUAAGCUUCAAUGCGGUUUCAUUGAUUUUGUAUGUACCUUUGUGUAUAAGGAAUUUUCAAGGUUCCAUAAAGAAAUUACCCCUAUGCUUGAUGGUCUUCUAAACAAUCGUACGGAAUGGAAAGCUUUAGGAGAUAUUUAUGACGAGAAGAUGAAAGCUCUCGAAGAAGAAAAGCAAAAACUCGAAGGAGAUGGCAAGAAAGUGGAAGAGGUUGGAACUGUCGAAUCGGCAGAUGGCAAAUCGAAAACAUGUGUGAUUUUAUAAUUAAAUGCAAGAAGUAUUUCUGCUACAAUCAAGAAAUCUAUCAACAUUUGCAGCGAGGUCGAGGAUUUCUGUCAAUAUAACGGAGCCUAAACUGUUCAGUCUUUAUUCAUCUACAAUGGAAGUGGGACAUUUUCACCAAAGGAAAGUGGAACAUUUUAAAGAAAUGGACAACCUGAGAUUGCUUUGUCAAAAGUGAUUGUGGAUUCAUUUCUUGGUUGCGGCUCUUCUCAAUUAACCGUCUUUAUUUAAUAUAUUAAACCCUGUGAACUUUCAGGAAACUAUAAUUUUACACAACUUUCAGUUAAUUUCAUGAUAAAAUUCUGUAUUGCACAACACAGAGCACUGUAAUUGUAGCAUUGUAAUUAUUAAUGCACAGAAGUUAAGUUUUAUAUUAUGUUUAGUUACUUCCCCUGGAAUUUUUCACGUUUACUAUUACCAAUAAAGUUCUAUAGGUCAUGUCGUUUUGAAAGCUUUCUAUUUUUAGCAUAGGCUUAUGGUUAGAAACAGGCUUACUUCAAAAAUAUAUCUAAAUCCAGCAAAAGGAUUCUAAUUUAGAGAGUGGCUCAACUUACGACCAUCAUUGGGACUGGAAUUAUGGUUGUAAGUCAUUGUAGUGGUAAGUCAAGGCAUCAUACGAUCAGACCCGAUGUCAACUCGCAAAGCAUCCUUGACCUUUUCUGGAGUUGCCAUAGGAAAUGGCAGGAUGGGAAACCGCUGAAACGCCACGACAGCAAAAGAUAGAUGCGCAUUAUCUCUCUCGAAACUAUAUCCCAGUUUACUGCGCCCGGAGGGGAGUGGCCUCUAAAACCCGUAAAAUUGCCCCGUUGGUGAAUGUGAUUGAUGACACACCCUGAGGGGAAGCGGGGGGGGGGGAACAGGGUCAUGAUUGGGGCC